AUGUCGAGCGACACGCGGCGAAGCGAUGCGCAGCUGCCAGCGGUUCAGGAACAGGUGAACCAGGUGCGCGUCGUCAUGCAGGAGAACAUGAAGAAGAUGCUUGAGCGCGACGAGAAGCUCACGGAGCUGGCUGACAAGUCGCAGAGCGUGGCGCAAUCGGCCAACGUCUUCUCAGCCAAGGCGCGCGGUGCAAGGCGGGAGAUGCAGUGGAGA